AUGGAUACUCUCCAGAAAGAGUCCAUUUCAACAAAUGCAACCCUAAACGAAGGGGACAGCAUCAGAAACCAAACGCCAGACCUCGAGAAACAGUCAACAAAUCAACCCACCGACACAUCAGCAUCUACCAAAGAACUAUUCCCAGUAACAGACCUCAGCCGCGGAAUAGUAGGCUGGGACGGACAGGAUGACCCCAAUAAUCCCCAAAACUUCCCCGCCAACAAAAAAUGGGCCUUGCUCUCCCUGAUCAGUGUCAUGACUCUGAUCUCCCCGCUCGCCUCGAGCAUGUUCUCACCCGCCAUCUCAUACGUGGCAAGGGAGUUCGGAGUAAUGGAUCAGACAAUCUUGUCGUUCAGUGUCAGCAUCUAUAUCCUUGGCUAUGCAUUUGGCCCCCUUCUACUUGCCCCUCUGAGUGAGGUCUACGGCCGCCGCGUCGUCCUUAGCGGCGCUAACUGGUUCUUCGUCGUCUGGCAAAUUGGCUGCGCACUCUCAAACAACAUCGAAACCCUCAUCAUCUGCCGCCUGUUCGCCGGAAUUGGCGGUUCGGGAUGUUUAACUCUCGGCGCAGGUGUGAUCGCAGAUCUGUUCCCGCGUGAACAACGCGGCAUGGCAACCUCUGUCUGGGCUAUGGGACCACUCAUUGGACCCGUGGUUGGUCCUAUUGCGGGUGGAUUCCUUGGACAAGAAGCCGGCUGGCGCUGGGUGUUUUGGCUGUUGCUUAUUGUGGGUGGUGUCGUGUCGUUCGGUGUUGAGGUUCUGAACAAAGAGACAUAUGCCGAUGUUCUUAUUCGCUGGAAGACUGAGAAGCUUGCUAAGGAGACCGGGAGAACGGAUUUGCGCAGUGCUUAUGACACAAGUAAAGAGGCUGUUGGGUUGAGAGAGACUCUUGUGCAGAGCUUCAAGAGGCCGAUUUUAUUGUUGUUCAAGUCGCCAAUUGUGUUCCUUCUGUGUGUCUAUAUGUCUUUCAUCUACGGUCUGCUCUACCUCUUCUUCACCACCAUUCCGGGUGUCUUUACCCAGAGAUACGGCUUUUCCGUCGGUCUCUCGGGACUUGCAUACCUCGGCAUUGGCUUCGGUUUCAUUGGCGGUCUCGCAAUGAUCGCCUUCACAAACGACCGGAUGGUCAUGGCCGCUACAGCAAAGAACGGUGGCAAGUUCGAACCCGAGAUGCGUCUCCCAACGAUGAUCAUCUUCGCCUGCAUCCUGCCAAUCAGCUUCUUCUGGUACGGCUGGACAGCCGAAAAGCAAGUGUUUUGGAUCGUGCCCAUUAUUGGAAUGUUCCCCUUCGGAGUCGGUAUGAUGGGCGUGUAUAUGCCCAUCCAGACAUAUGUCAUCGAUUGCUAUCCCAAAUAUGCAGCUUCCGCCAACGCCACUUUGACAGCAACUCGCUCCCUGGUUGGAGCUCUGCUCCCGCUUGCUGGACCUAAGAUGUUCGAUGCUCUGGGUCUCGGAUGGGGCAACUCAUUGCUCGGCUUCCUCGCUUUGGCAUUCAUCCCGAUUCCUAUCAUCUUCAUCAAGUACGGCAAGGUGAUCCGCGAGAAGUGGCCUGUGGAUCUUGAUGGUAAAAAGGCCUGA